AUGUCCAUCAGAAUUGCGCUGGAUAACCAGCCAGAGUUCUACACCAAUCUCGAUGCAGUCUCCGGCAAGGUCAUUCUGAAUCUCCCUCGGAGCGAGCAAAUCGGUUCCAUCGUCGUCAAGCUCGAGGGAGAGUCGGGCACAGCUCUACAAGUCCCCAAAAACUUCGGCUACGAGCCGAGCACUGCCAACGCCGGUCCCCCACCGGGGCCUCCGGGCAGCUUCGUCAGCGAGAACCACAAGAUCUUGUACAAGCUUGUCAAGGUUUUCCCAGACGACUACUACGAAAGCUCCUCCAGUCCCUACGGCUCGUAUCCCCUCGAUGCCGGCCAGCACCAGUUCCCCUUCAAGUUCAAGCUGCCUAUCAACAAUGCUUGCAGCAACCCUCAAGCCAUGGCAAGAAUCGGUGGCCUGGCCGGCUUAGGAGGCUAUGGAGCCAGCGGCGGCCUCUUUGGAUUAAGCGGUGUCAGGGUGAUGGACGGCUCUAAGCAACUGUAUCUGCGGCAUGCUACGGCGACGCUGCCACCAUCACUCACUGGAUAUCCUAUGGCGGCGGAGAUCCGGUAUUAUAUCAAGGUUACGGUCCAACGGCCCGGACUUCUCAAGGAAAACUGGCGCUAUCAGCUCGGCUUCAAGUUCCUGCCCAUUGAACCGCCUCGGCCUCCUGUCACCGGCCAAGAAGCCUUCGCUCGACGGCCAUUUUCCUUCCAGCCGCGGACGCCAGGACAGAAGAAGCGCAGUUCAAUAUUUAGCAGCAGAAAGAAUGACUAUUUGGCGAGUCCUACCACUGACUCCCCGACGCCGCCAUCAGUAGAGAUUUCAGCCCGGUUACCGCAUCCUUCCAUUCUCACAUGCAAUCAGCCAAUUCCCCUCCGGCUCAUUGCGAAGAAGCUCGUAGACAGCCCCGAACAAGUCUACCUGACAUCGUUUCAGCUGGACCUGCUUAGUGUGACAGAAAUCAGGGCACAUGGAUUGGUCAGUCCCAAGGGCAACCGCUGGGUUGUUGCCUCCUAUACCGACCUUGAAAUCCCCCUAUGCGCUCCGGACGACAAAGUCGGACAAGAAGUGACACUGCCGGAUGAGCUCUGGAGGACUAGGCAGCUGCCCAAUACCGUCGCCCCUUCUUUCAAUACCUGCAACCUUUCUCGAAAAUACGAACUGGAACUUAAGCUAGGCGUGAGCUGGGGGACGCCCAGGAUGGCCAAAGACUCCCAGCCCCAAACUCUGUUUCUGCCUCUUCAUUUUGCAAACGUCAGCGUCUUUUCCGGCAUCACGCCGCCUCCUGAGCUGCUAGAAGCUGCUAGGAACACGCGCCCAGGAGAGGUUACUAUUUCUCGACCCCCUCGGCUGCCUCCCCGGAGUUCAGUCUCUGAAGCCAGCGGCUCAGGGAGUCUUGGAGUUCCUCAAAGAAUUGCCCGGCGGCCAAGCGCGCCUGCUGCACCCGUCAUGCCUCCCAGGCCUCCGCAAGAUCCUUUAUACCCUCCGCAGCUCCCUCCAGGCGAUAUUCCGGCUUAUGAAGACGUGCCGCCUCCGAGCUACGACGAAGCCAUUGCAGAGAACCUGUCUGGGCCGUUUGACGGUUUACGGCCUCGGCCAGCCUAUAGUGGCGAGACUAAUGAGAAUGCACCUAGCCAGCUGCCCUCGGGCCCGGUUAAAGGCUAG